AUGUCUGCGGAAAACAAACCUGAACUCAAGCUCUACUACUUACGCCCUGGUUUCGAGCUCAUAGAGCCACACGAGGUUGAAAAGCGCCAAGAAGCACUCAGCAGUAUAAAGCCUGAGGAACGUCCUCUCUUCUUCAAUUAUACCUGGAAGCUAUCCCCCACUCUUGCCGUCAAACACGGCGAAAGAGUUACGUUCAGAGAGGCGCAGAACAUGUUCUUCAUCGAGCAGAACACAACCAUCCCUGUUCCCAAAGUCUAUGCAGUCUACUCCCAUCCAAUGCCAAACAGACUUGACUAUACUGAAGACGACGAAAAGACGUACUACGAGCACACCUAUAUCUUCAUGGACCUUUUGCCGGGAGCCACAGUUGAGAAAUCCUGGGACCAAUGGGACCAAGCCACCAGAUUGAAUGUUCAGAAUGAGCUCAAAACGUAUGUGGAAGAACUGCGACGACUCCCUGGGGGGCAUUAUAUCGGCUCUCUAAACCAUGGCCCUGUGACAGAUUGGUUGCUGGAAAACAAGGCUGACAAUUACGGCCCAUUCAAUAGCGAGGAAGAAUUCAAUCUUGAACUCCGCAAGGCCUUCUUCAAGGUUCACCCUGAAGAUUGUGUCGUAGCAGAUCGCUUGGAUGGCAUACUUGCCGCCCACAAGCACAAGAUAAAAUUCACACACAACGAUCUGAAGCCUUCAAACAUCUUAAUCAAAGACGGACAUAUCUCGGGCAUAAUCGACUGGGGAUUAGCUGGCUGGUACCCUGACUAUUGGGAAUACGGUUCUGCCACACGCAUAAGAACUUCGCGACAAGACUGGAAUAUUAUCCUAGACAGGGCUAUUGGUCGACCCCACUGCGAAGUCCAUAUGCUUGAUCAACUUGUUGAUAUGCUCCUUUUCUGA